UUCAGAUGAUUUUACCUUCAGAACCAAAGAGCAGAGAAGAUUUUCUGCAGUAUUUCUGUUAUCUGACUCUGGAUCCAAACACAGCACAUCAUCGACUCAUUCUGUCUGAGAAGAACAGAGUGGUGACACUGAGUGAGACAGAACAGCAAUACUCUGAUCAUCCAGAGAGAUUUGACUUCUAUACUCAGGUGUUGUGUAAGGAGAGUGUGUGUGGUCGCUGUUACUGGGAGGUGGAGAGGAGCAGUGAUGUGUACAUAUCAGUGUCAUAUAAAGAGAUCAGCAGGAAAGGACGGGGUUAUGAGUGUUUGUUUGGAGGCAACAGUCAGUCCUGGAGUCUGUGGUGUUUUUCUUCCUCUGUCGCUUUCUGGCACAACAACAUUCAUACUGAGCUCCGAGGUCCAGCAUCCUCCAGAAUAGGAGUGUAUGUGGAUCACAAUGCAGGAACUCUGUCCUUCUACAGCGUCUCUGACACCAUGAGGCUCCUCCACAGAGUCCACACCACAUUCACUCAGCCUCUAUACACUGGAGUCUGUAUGUAUUGUUAUAAAUCGUCUGUGAGGUUUUGUGAUCCGAAAUAAAAAGUUAGUAAAAGUGUUUAUAAAAAGUAUAAGUGAGGUGUGAGAUUUAAUUUGUCCCUGAGCUACACUGGACAUUUUGUGUGCAGAAACUGGAACAGUAAUGAAUGCAGAAUGUAGAAACAGACUAUUUAACUGUAUGCACUAUUAGGAUGGGUUUAUUAUAGUUGAUAUAAAAAUGUUCAAUGUCUCCUCAGAAAUAAUAAACUUUACUCAAACUG